AACCUGUUGAGCGCUGAGUAGCAGCUCUGAGUGCGUCUCGAUAUAGAUGGUUAGCAAAAUGCUAGACUAGCUAGAGUUUAGGGCUGCAGCAAGCUAGCUGAAGUAAAGUGUCAUGUAUUGUCAGAGAGCAAUCUAUUGCUAGUUACUUGGGUUAUUGUAAUUUAUUGUGUAGUUGGUAAUCCACUGAUUGAUACACAACGGUGAACAGUUGGUUAUAGAUACAAUACCCAUUCAUGUAAUGCAAAAACCAGCUACGACGUUACGCCGUCACCAUCACGCAAGCAGUACUAGUAGGACGAGCAUUCGGCUUUGUUUUGUCUAGCUAUUACUUAGAAUCUAGCCUUCGCUCUGACCAUUCAGGUUACAUUCAAGCUAGCUAGCGAGGAACGCUAGCCAACUUAAUCCUUACGUCCUUGUAGUACACUGUCUUUAGGUUUUCUAUUUAGAUAGCAAGCUAACUAAUGGUUGGUUGGUCUAUUUUUUUUUUAUUGUUGCCGCGUAUUUACUUCAAUGCGAUCUUGUUAUUUAGCUGAAAAGUUAAAAUAAUAGAAUGAAUAAUGCGUAAUUUAGAAAUCAGUGUACUAUCGCGGAGCGCGACAAACAAACAAGGACCUUCUCAGCCAGUUGCAUUAACAUUAGUGCCAUGGAUCCUGGGCAUCGUAGGAGUAACCCUCGACUCACAGAUGUAGAUGGAAGCCAUCAACAAGUAAUGGAGAGACCAGCAGAUCUGGAGCAGAGAUUCAAGGAUGGAGAGGCUUGGAGGCUUGUGGAUGUACUUCUCUCUGGAGGCGCUCCCUGGGGCUUCACUCUGAGAGGAGGGAGAGAGCAUCGUGAACCUUUACUCAUAACAAAGGUGGAGGAGGGCAGCAAGGCGGCGGCCGUCAGCCUCCAGGUGGGAGACGAGCUCAUCAACAUCAACGACUUCCCCCUUAGCGGCUACAGACAGGAGGCCAUCUGCCUGGUGAAGGGCUCCUACAAGACUCUUUCCCUGGUGGUGAAAAGGAAUAUGAAAAUGGUGGAUAUUGUAGCUCAGAAAAUGCCCUCAGAAAGCGACGUGCAUGUGGCCAGGAGCUUUCUCACGAAGAUUUUGCGAAGUUCCAUGAGGAAGAACCGUUUCAGAGGGAGAAAUGAACCCGUAAGCAGGCCUCACUCCUGGCACGCCACCAAGUUCAACGAGAGCCAAUCGGAGACUGCCAAAAUCCAGUCUCCGCCUCCGCCAGUCUGGCACACAAGAUAUGAUGCAAGUUCCUCCUCCACCGAUCUCUCCACCGGCUGGGAGCAAACCAACCUGCGCAGAGUGUCCGACCAAUUCAGCUCCCUGGGCAGCAUGGACAGCCUAGAGCACGUCCCUCACCCCUACCCCUCCGGCCGCCUCUCCCCUGCCAAGUCCAACACCAGCGCGGAGCACCUGGGGGGGGGCGGCGGCGGGGGCGGCAAGCGCGACUCGGCCUACAGCUCCUUCUCCACCAGCUCCGGCACGCCCGACUACACGCUGUCCAAGAGCAACGCCGCCUCCACGGAGAACGUGCUCUACAAGGUCAGCCAGUGGGACUCGGGCGGCCGGCACAGCAACGGCAGGCACAGCCAGAGCCUGAGCGAGGGGGCGAAGGCGGACGAGCGGGCCGGGUACCUGCAGCUCCCCGGGGGGCCCGCGGGCCGGGAGAGCCCCCGGCCGGAGGAGCAGCCGCCCGGUCCUCGCCCCUCCAACUCGGGCCGGGCCAGCUUCGGCCCCGUGUGGCACGUACCAGAGAAGAAGAAGCCCACCCACUCGCCCUCCCCUCCUCCGCCCCUGCCGCCGGUGCGCAGUGACAGUUUUGCCGCCACCAAGGUCCACGAGAAGGGCCUCGUCAUAGCCUACCCUGAGGACCCUGACCCCCACCUCCACACCAAAGCCCCGGAGGCCUCCGACACACGGCGUGGUUACAGCCUCUCCGCGAAAAACGACGCCGGCGGUCCUCACGUUUCAUCCGAUAGCUACCACCACAACCAGCUCAACUCCAACAAGCUGUACUCCCUCUCCAGUACCGACGUGAGGCUGGGCCCGCCCCCGUACGCCUACACACCUUACCACCAGCGCCAGUACAGCGACGAAAGCACUUUCUACUCCCAGCCCAGGACCCCGUCCGCAGCCAAACCGCACAACAUCAGUGCCUACUACAGCAGCAUGCAGGAGCUGCCCACCAACAACUUCACCCAGACGUACGGCCACACCCAGACCCCGGCCCCCGCCACCUCCCUGUCCAGCACGGCCAUCGACCAGAACCCAGACGGUGCCGGCCACACCCGCUACUACUGCGUGACGGCCCGCCAGCCGGCAUCACAGGCCCAGGUGGGAAAGACUGAGGACGGAGGAAGGGGAGCGUGUGUGGAAACGGUGAGCAGCGAGAGGGCACCCCUCAGCCCCCAGACGCUCCAGAAGACCAAGUACCAGCUAUCUCAGCCACAGCCGGCGCACCCCACCGCAAAGGACAGCAACGGGUACGGUCAACAGGACGACCCGGCGCCACGCCACAAGCUGCCGGCUGUGCUGGCGCCCCCUGCCGGACCGGAGGGGCCAGCCAAGCACGGCGGGGACAACAGGGGCAGCCAGAGGAGGCUGGAUGUUCAGAACGCCGAAGCCCACUACAUGAGCUACCCUCCCAGCAGACAACCAGACCAGAGGAGGUCCCUGUCCACGCAGCACAGAGAGCCGGACGUCAGGCCGGGGGGUCCCCAGGGAGUCGGGAUCUCCCCCCAGACCACGCCCUUGCUCCACUCUCUGUCGUCCGAGAGCGCGGGCCGGGGCGACGCCCCCGACCCGCUGACCCUCCAGCAGAUGCGCCGAAGCGAACGCUUCGCCACGACCCUCCGGUGCGAGAUCCAGAUGAGGCGGGCCAAGCUGCAGAAGAGCAAGAGCGUGGCCGCCCUCAGCGGGACGAGCGAGGCGGCGGAGGAAGAGGAGGAGGCGGCGGAAGCCGAGUCUCAAGAGAACUCGGUGGCCUCGCCGUCCUCGGAGGGCUCCUUCAGCAGCACCUACAAGGACCACUUGAAGGAGGCGCAGGCCAGGGUCCUAAAGGCCACCUCGUUCAGGAGGAGAGACCUGGAGCCCGUCCUGCUGGAGCACUCCGGCUCGGACGGUCUACCCGGGUACCCCUCCUCCGUCCUGGGCCGCAAAGACUCCAAUCCCUUGCCCAGCGUCUCCGAGGCGCCGCCCAGCCGGUCCGGCGGCAGUCAGGUGACCCGCAUCGGAGGCAGGAAGCGUUUCACAACGGAGAGGAAAGUGCGGUCGUACUCUGAACCCGACAAAAUCCACGAGGUGGGCGUGGAGGAGGGCGUGGCGCCCCCCGAGAGAGCAGACUCCAUGACGGACCGAAGGAAGCUGUUCGAGACCACCGGGAAACCCGCCUUCCCCAAACCCCUCCCCAAGCACGGCCCGCAGAGCAGCUCGGAGGCUCCCAGAGAGCCCCAAGCGAGGGCCCUGGCGCCCAGCAGGGGGUCGGAGGACGGCCUCUGCGAGGCCCGGACCCGAGGCCUCCCCCCCGCGGAGUACCCGGAGGAGGCCCGAGGCCUGGAGGUCUCCCACAGGCAGGCCCUCCUGGAGCAGCAGAGGCUGGGGACCUUCGCGGAGUACGAGGCCACCUGGAGCCUCCCCAAGAAGCCGGCGGAGACCAGGGCGUCCGGGCGCUACCGGUCCGCCGACAACAUCCUGGACCCGGCCGCGGAGGAGCGGACCAAACCCACCUGCGUCCACGAGCGCUCGCGCUCCUCCCCUUCGGCCGACCUCUACGGCCAGAACAUUCCGGUACCGGGAAGAAAGUCUGCAGAGCACUGCCAGCCUGAGCACCAGCCUGCAGCCCAGAACCACAAAGUCUCGAGCCUCCCUCCUGGCCAGCCUCUCUGUGUCCACGUCCAGCACCGCGGCGGCUCCUCUCCGCCUGUCAGGUCUUCCAGCAGGAACCAUGGAGACGGCAGGGCGCCCGAGAGACCCGCGGACACCGACCGUUUCCCAGAACCACCCCCGCCACCCGUGACAGCCCAGAGCCCCGAGCACAGGCUCUCAGCCGGUCCUGGUCCAGGCUGCCACAGGCCCAGUGACUCGGCCCUCCCAGGCUCCGACCCCUCCAGCGAGCCCCCUGCCGGCCCCCGGAGGCGGGCUCCUGCCCCGCUGAGGCCCCCCCCUCCCAGGCUGGACAGGCCCAGAUGUCCAGAGAUCGCUCCCCUGCUCGGCAAGUCCCAGGAGGCCCUAACUGCAUGCUCCCCGAUCAAAGAGCUUAACCCCGCCCCCGUCGCCGCCCCCUCUCCCCGCAGCCUAUCGGAGCAGAGCCAAGGACUCCCGGAGAACAAACGGGGAGGCGACAACCCCGUCGCGCCAUCCAAUCCCCAGCCUGCUCCUCCCUCCCUCUCCGGACCCUCGGGCCAGGCCAAGCCCUCCAUGGACGGCCAGCGGUCCCCGUCGCCCCAGUUCGCUCCGCAGAGACUCACUGACAAGCCGCCCGCCUCUCUGCAGGAUGAGAACUCCACCAGGACGGAGAACGUGAUGGAGAACAGCAGCAGUCCCUCUGCGAGGAAGGUGCCCAUCAAGAUCGUCCACAGCGAGAGCCUGACGGAGAAGGAGAGCCGCCACUACCUUCUCCACAGCGACUCCCAGGCCGGGCCCCAGGCCCCGGGCGCCCUGAGCCAGGUGGGCAGCCUGGGAGCCCCGGACCAGUCCUACUCCCUGUUCUGUGCCUACUCUCGACAGAGGGACCCGGAGCCCCAGGCCGAGGGAGAGCCAGACCCAGGGCCGGCCCUUCACGCUGACCUGAGGCUGCACAUAGACUCAGACACGAGUCCUGAAAUCGAGCAGCAAGCUGCAGCUGGCUUCCCGACAGCCCCGCCCCCAGACGUGGCUCCUCCCGCUACCCAUCUGCCAGCCCCGCCCACCACAGAGGACCCGCCCCCACCCCCAGAGGCCCCCAGCAGUAACGGCGUGGCCCCCGCCUCCCUCUCUCAGGACGACCAGAAGAGAGAGGAGCUGGCCAGGGACAUCAUGGGCAAGGAUCGGUCCCUGGCAGAGGUCCUGGACCAGAGCAGGAUGAAGACCACCAUGGACCUGAUGGAGGGCAUCUUCCCCCAGGAGCAGCAGCUGCUGGAGGGGGCUCACCAGCGCAGGAAGGUGGGGCCCAAGCAGGCCUCCCCCAGGGCUGCCGAGGACAGGAACGGGGAGGACGAGGCGGCAACGGCGGUCGCCCUGGUGACCAGCUCCACCUACUACAGCACGUCGGCGCCUAAGGCGGAGCUGCUGAUCAAGAUGAAGGACAUGCAGCAGGAGGAGGAGCCGGGCUCCGAGGACGAGCUCCCCGACAACGACCAGGAGCUGGCCGACAAGAAGCAGGAGCUGAUUGACAGCCUGAGCAGGAAGCUGCGGGUGCUGCGCGAGGCGCGGGAGAGCGUGCAGGAGGACGUGCUGGACAACAACGCGCUGGGCCGCGAGGUGGAGGCCACCGUGCAGCAGGCCUGCAGGCCCAACGAGCUGGACAAGUUCCGCAUGUUCGUGGGCGACCUGGACAAGGUGGUCAGCCUGCUGCUGUCCCUGUCGGGCCGGCUGGCCCGCGUGGAGAACGCCCUCAACAGCCUGGAGGAGGACGCCCCCACCGAGGAGAGGCGCACGCUGACUGACAAGAGGAAGCUGCUGAUCCGCCAGCACGAGGACGCCAAGGAGCUGAAGGACAACCUGGACCGGCGGGAGGGCGUGGUCUACGACAUCCUGGCCGGCUGCCUGCCGGAGGAGAGCCUGGACGACUACCAGCACUUCGUCAAGAUGAAGUCGGCCCUCAUCAUCGAGCAGCGCAAGCUGGAGGACAAGAUCAAGCUGGGCGAGGAGCAGCUCAAGUGUCUGACGGACAGCCUGCCCCUGGAGCAGAGGAUGGCCCUGUGAGGGGCCACACACACACCCACCCUGCUCUAUGUAGCUGUGUGGGCCGCUCCACACCACUGCCUGGACUGACGCCGCAGUUCGUUUGUCUUUCCAGUAGGGGGCGGCAGAGGUGAGACACUCGGUGAGACUGAGAGACUGACGGAGAUCAUCCUCCAGCCCACCACAGCGACUAACUGCCCAGGUUGAGGAGGAGUCUCCACGCAGCUCGUCGUAUGUCUGAUGUUCUUCACAUCCACCCUCAACGGGAGUGCCAAGUCAUAAAGCCACUGGGAUGAUCAAAACCCCUUCCAAAAUCACUCUGCUUCGAGACUGGUGUUUUCUUUUCCUUUGUUUGUGUGUUUUUUUUUUUUUUUUUUUUUUACCACAGUACCCAUCACUGUCUAUAAUGUGUUCAAGAAUAAUCUUUUUGUUGUUUUGUUUUUUUUAGUAAUUUAUUGUAGCCUUUUGAAUCUGUACAGAGGAAUAGAAUAGGGCAAGUGUUUAUCGUCAACUGAUUCAUUUUUUAGCUGCCAAGUUUAACUGUUGGUAAUCAACACACUUAUCUCCACGUGAUGUGUCAUUGCAUUAACCUGCCGUUGUUUGUACUCGUCAUUUUCAUGUCACAUCAUCCGAAUGACUGGCCUGACAUUUCGGUGAAGGAAGAGUUUUUUUUUCCAAAUGCCUUUUCCUCAGGAGUUUGUCUCACAGGGAUUACCUGCGUUCUACCGAGACCACUCGUUUCUAAACAUGAGACCAAGGUGACGAGGGUGAGGGGGGGGGGGGGGGGGGGGGGGUUUACCAGCAGUGACCCCACCCUCUGUGGAUGCAUCAGGAGGGUUUGGAGAUAGAUAUCACCAGCAUGGCAACGUCUCAUCUCCCUCAGAUCACAGGCUGUACAAGCAACUUCGACCCCCCCCCCGGCCGGGCGGAGCUGUCUGGCUGAAGCUGUGGAGCAGUGAGACCCUCUACCCUGGGCUGGUACAGGCAGUGAGACCCUUUAACCUGGGCCGGUACAGGCAGUGAGACUCUCUACCCUGGGCUGGUACAGGCAGUGAGACUCUUUAACCUGGGCUGGUACAGGCAGUGAGACCCUCUACCCUGGGCUGGUACAGGCAGUGAGACCCUUUAACCUGGGCUGGUACAGGCAGUGAGACCCUUUAACCUGGGCCGGUACAGGCAGUGAGACCCUUUAACCUGGGCUGGUACAGGCAGUGAGACUCUCUACCCUGGGCUGGUACAGGCAGUGAGACUCUUUAACCUGGGCUGGUACAGGCAGUGAGACCCUUUAACCUGGGCUGGUACAGGCAGUGAGACCCUUUAACCUGGGCUGGUACAGGCAGUGAGACUCUUUAACCUGGGCUGGUACAGGCAGUGAGACUCUCUACCCUGGGCUGGUACAGGCAGUGAGACCCUUUAACCUGGGCUGGUACAGGCAGUGAGACUCUCUACCCUGGGCUGGUACAGGCAGUGAGACCCUUUAACCUGGGCUGGUACAGGCAGUGAGACUCUUUAACCUGGGCUGGUACAGGCAGUGAGACCCUCUACCCUGGGCUGGUACAGGCAGUGAGACCCUUUAACCUGGGCUGGUACAGGCAGUGAGACUCUCUACC